AUGGAUGACACAUACGGGGACAUCACUGAGAAAGAAAAGCAGAUGGUGGCAACCCUCGACAUAUUUUGCAAGAUGCGCGGCGCCCAGUACCCUUUGCUCGCUGCGAAGAUCCGGGAAUUUGAUGAAGAGAUUGCAGGAAAGGAAGCCAAGUUAUUCGCAAUCAAAGAGGACCUGGGGUCCAGAUUGGAUGGUCUAACUGCAGUUAGAGCCGACUGGGCCUUUUCGGGAGACCUUCGCGAUAUGAAGGAAACCGUCACUGCUUUCGAAGACAUACUCCGAGAUAUCAGGGAUGUUAAAAGACGCCGCGCGACGUGGGUUACCAGGGUUCGUGAAAUCCAGAAGUUUGACGAAAUCCUCAAAGGCACAGCUGCCGGGAUACCAACAUAUUGCGGACCAUCCCUAGGAGAUAAGGUCAUCGCUCGAGCUAUAAUACCAGAUCUCCGACGAGGAAGUCAAUCGCAAAAGUCAAUCUUGGACACCGCGCCGUCCAACAGCACUGCCACGGCAGACAUCCCAUCAACGGAGGAGUCAUGA